AUGGUUCAACUGCACGUCAAACGAGGAGAUGAGUCAGUUUCUCUUCAGUACCACGGUGGAUGUGACUAUCAAAUCACUGAACCAGCAGAAAUUCCAGAGUUGGCAGAUCAUGGAAUCACUUUCCCACCGAACAUGCAAGGCCUGACUGGUGAUCAGAUCAUUGAGCAGAAACUAAAGGAUGAAUGUGAGGGCGGCUGCAUUCCCAGUGGUUGCGCUGAGUUUAAGAACGAUGAGAUUUGAUGCUAAAAUGGACAUGGUCCAAAUGAGAAGAUGAAAGAUGUUUUAAAGUAAACAAGGGAGGAUGCCAAAGCUUUGAUCUCAAAAAAACAAGUGCAUGCAGAUGUCUGCGUUACCAUGGAUACAGCCAAAGAGGCUUUGGACCAAUUGCAAGGAGCUGUGAUGAUAGUUUACCCAAUGGGACUGCCUCAACAUGAUCCAGUAAGGAUGGAGUUUGAAAAUCAAGAGGAUCUUACUGGAACACAGACCUUAUUACAGAUGAUCCCUGAGGAUGAGGCUCAGCUGUGGUGGGCAUCUAUAGAACUUCAGAUGGGCAAAAAGCUGCAGGAUUAUAUUGGGAAAAAUUUAAAUUGAAUAGAUUUCUUUUAAAGCUAAACUUACACCUGAUUUUUCAUAAAGAUUGUAUUCAUGACAACAACAAACAUACUCAGUGUUUAAAGGCAGUUGUUCUCAGAUGUGUAGGAACAAUUUUAAAAGUGUGUGUGGGUGUAAGCGUGCAGGUUUGAAAAUUGAACAUUGUUAUUCGCAUGUUUAUUUUAGAGAGGCCAGGGAGCACCAAGCGCGAGAACCAUUGGUAAGCGAAGAGGAGCAAAACAUGAUGAGGCACUACUUUAGGAGACAGGAAGAACUCAAAUUAAGUAAAGCCUUAAGCGAAAUCUUCCCAAAAGUCUUGUUCUUGUAUAAAGGAUUUGUUUAAUCCCGUUUCAUCAUAUUUUAUGUCGUCAUUGUUGAAAUUUUCACAGCAUUCAUCAUUGUUUGAUCUGGUUAGCUCUUGUCCAAAGAAACAGGAAGUAGCAGAUGAUGACAUGUAUCUACAGUCCGUAAGACAGUUUCAGGGACUUGCUAAUAUAAAAUGGAGCCUAGAUAGAUGGACAGAGAAAUUCAAAGCUGAAUCUAUAGUUAUACUGCAUUUAUUCUGCAUAUGUAAAGUGUCUUGUAAUGUUUUUUUAAGACCAUAUAUUUUCCACUGUCAAAUUUGGUGUAUUUUCAACAAAUUCAAUUGUUGCUGCUGUUUUUCAAAUGCAAUUUGAGUGCCUUUGUCUAAUGAACAUAUUUUUUUGUUAAUUUAUGUGACUGUAUGUUAAUGUGUGUCAAAGUGUGUGUGAGUUGUGAUGCAUUGGAAGAAGGAUGCAACACCUUUCCUCUCUUUGUCUAUGCCUCCGGCAGUUACUCAGUUGUAACUUGAUUCUGUUUAAAGACAGGAUGUUGCCGUACAGCUCUCAGAAUCACAGUGGCACCACAAGGUUCAUUUAAAGAGCAUUAAGAAAGAGGAGUCACAGAACAUUUUGCUCUCCUCAAGGCUGAGAGAGGUUACAUUAUCAAGAGGUGUGGUUUUGAACAGGAAGAGAAAAACUGAGUGAAAUUGAGUAAUA